UUCCCGAGGUCCGCUGCGCUUUACAUCUUUCAAACCAUCCUGGACGAGGUGUGAAAUUUGUUAGGUUAUGGCCUGGGGCUGGGAAGAAUUACUUUAUUUCUAGUUUAAUUCACGCAGAUUAACGGGACCAUAUAUUGAAACGAAUUUUCAACAUGUUUGAAGGAGCAGUUGCAGCACUUCUGAACCGUUUUCUAGGAAAUUAUGUCGAAGAUCUAGAUACCGAAAAUUUCAAUGUAGGCAUAUUUUCUGGUGAUGCAUACCUUACAGAUUUGAAGCUGAAAACAGAAGCCCUUUAUCAACUUGGGCUUCCAAUAAAAAUAAAAAUCGGAUUAAUUGGAAAAAUUAGUCUGAAGAUACCUUGGACUGGUCUUACUUCACAGCCAGUUAUUGUCAGCAUUGAGGAUAUAUAUAUAAUAGCAGUUCCUGCCUUAGGAGAUGUAUAUGAUCCUGAAAUUGAAAAGCGUCUGAUCAGGGCAGCGAAGAAAAAAAUAUUAGAGGACCUAGAUGAGGAUUACUUUCUUGGAUACGGAAUAACUUCUAGUCUGCUCGACAGCUUGGUGACAUCUGUUAUUAACAAUUUUCAAAUCACCAUCAAUAAUGUCCACGUCAGAUAUGAGGACAGUUUUACACAAACAAUACCCGUUGCCUGUGGCCUAUGCAUUCAGAGUCUAUCAGUGACUACCACUAACAAUAAAUGGAAACCAGGUGUGAUUGCCACGAAUUCAACAUCUAUUUAUCAACUGAUGAGAGCUGAGUCGAUAUCAGUUUAUUUAGACCCUAAAGCAGAGACUUGUUUGCCAGAAUAUCCAACAAAAUUGGAACUUGCAAAAUUGUUGUCAUGGAAAAAUGUGAUGCAUCAAGCACUUCAAACAUUCAGCAUCAACAAUCAAGAUUUUCAAUUCCUAAUGAAACCAUUCACCGCGAGAAUAAAAAUUAUAAUUAAUAAAAGUAAUGAAGUUCGAGUGCCACGAAUGCUGGUGGAUUUUGUUCUGCAAGAUGUCGCUUCCCAAAUUACAAAACAGCAGUACAUGACAUUUUGCGAGAUUUGUCGAACUCUGAAACGGAUAUCCAUUAAUAGGCCAUACAAAAAAUAUCAUCCUCAGUCCAGCGUUCGUGAAAAUUGCACAGGCUGGUGGAAAUAUGCUUACAAAGCCAUAGUUGAUCACAGCGUUAAGCCUUACACCUGGGCACAUCUUCAAGCUCACAGAAAAAAUUAUCAUCAGUACAAAAAUGUGUUCAAAAUGACAUUACUUCGACCCACUGACACCGAACUAAAAUUGGACUUACAGAAAUAUGAAGAUAUGCUCACCAUAGUCAGCAUUAUAAUAGCUCGAGAACAUGCAAAAAUUGAGUUGAAAGAGGAGGCUCCUCAGCACGUAUCGGUCGAAGUAUGUAAAUCCAGUCUAUGGGAUAUGGUUGAUGAGCCAGAAAUGGUUAAAUUUGUAGUCAAUCAUGAAAAAACAUAUGGAGUUUGUAAGCUAAGCAGUCCAGAGCGUAAAUUUAUUCAAACUAUGGGUAAUGGUGCUGAAGUACAAACAAAUCCUGAGAAAUUGUCACAAUAUAUUGAUCAUAAAUACAAUUUUACUCUAGCAAACUGUUCAUUGAGUUUGUUAAACGAAGACAAAGAAGUUUUGGUAAUAACUUUGACCCAGUUUCUUGCGAGUAUUGAAACUCGACCAUAUGCGUCUGCUUUCAAAAUAUCUGCUCGUGCUGAAAGUUUUGUCAUUGAAGGAGCAUCCUCGGACAACGAACUUAUACCUUUGAUUACAGCUGACAAUAUUUUAACAGGAAACAUGGCUUCUAACUUCUUGUCUGUAGAUUUUGAAAAAAAUUCUUUAAACUCAUACGCUAAUUUCGAUAUCUCAGUGACAUUGGAACCGAUCGAAAUUAUGUAUCACGAGUAUGCCAUAUCAGAGAUUGUAAAAUUCUUUGAAACGACAGAUCUGAAUAUACAAAAAUUGCUGCACAUUAUCGGAUGUCAGAUGAGCUCAAUCAAGGAUACUGCUUUAAAUGUAGUCUACUCUAUACCUUCCAGGCAGAAAAGAAUCAAUCUUAAAAUGGACCUGAAAGGUCCAUAUAUAGUCAUACCGCAAAAUGGUUUAGUCCAAAAUGAAGGAAAUUUGCUUUUAUUGGAUGUCGGACGUAUAAUAGUUAAAAGCGAACUACAAGCCGCUAAUGUACAACUCGAAGAUGCUACAAUGAUGGAAUUAGAAGAAUUGCUGUACGAUAGACUCCACAUCAGUUUUUCGGAUGGUCAAAUACUGUUUUGCCAUUCAGGUGACGAUUGGAGGGAGGCUAAGAAAUUAUGUGAUUCUGAGAAUCAUUUACUGCCUAAGAUUCAAUGCAAUUUUACUUUAUCUCACAGUGUAAAGAUAGACUACAGAGUAUUACCUAGAACGAAGCUUAACAUGUCGAUUUCUAGUUUGAAGUUGAAUUUAUCAGAGAGAAAGCUUAAUCUUUUGUCUAAUUUUUUGUGUUCUACACCUUUUUCGAAUCUAAUCACCGAUGGUGAAGUUACCAAAAGUGAAACUAAGCUUGGGAAGGAAAGUAAUAAAAAUAGUACCGUACAACGUGAUGAUGCCUUUACAUUCCGAGAUCUAGAACGAAUACGCAGGAUUAUUGCUCAAUCAUGUCUUGUCACAAAAUCGUCAAAUUCUCAGCAGAAAUUUCAUGAUACUAUGGAUCCAAGUGUAUCUGAAAUGGAUAGAAGUGUUGUAUCAUCGGAAAUGAGUGAAGAAGAUAUGGAACUUUGGGCAUCCACAGUGGAAUUACCGGGAUUUGACGAUAACAUUUCCCCGCAUAAUUCUAUAAAAUUACUACUAAGAUUUGUUAUUGGAGAGUUUUACAUCCAUUGGGAACAAUCUCUAAUUGUAGACAAACCAUAUGUGACUUUGAGAAUAUCCGCACUGUGUUUGGAAGCUGCCAUUAUGGAUUAUGGCUCAUCGAUACAUUUUAGUGUUGGUGGAAUAUUGCUAGCAGAUAAAACGAAUGCUGGAGUAACUGGUUCAUAUCUUGAAUUAAUCUCUACUAACACUGCCCCUGAAGUUAUCACAAUCUUGUAUCGCAAGGUCAGGGCCAAUUGUCCAGACUUCAAAUCUCAUUUUAAAAGUACGGAGCAAUCUUUAAUAAUAGAUAUUGCCCAUAUUAACAUUAUAUUUCAUCGGCACUCAUUCCUGGCUCUAAAAGACUGUUUCGAUAAAACUCUGAAGAUCCAGCAUCUCGAAGAAGUGUAUAACUAUUUGAAAGUUGAUGUCUUUAAUAAUUCAACGUUCUGGACUAAAAAACCGGAUGAUCCACCGAUUCCACCUGGUGCGACAAAAUUAAGCUACUCUGCAAGACUAAGUGUACUUCAGAUAACUCUUUGUGAUCUAGAUACGUCAUUACUGGAGAUGAAAGUAUCGGGUCUAGAAAGUGAUUGCAUUUAUAAAGCUAAUGAAAGAAUGAUUCUACGCUUGCAUCUAAGAGGCCUCACUGUAAUUGAUCUUAGUGAUAUGACAUUGUACUCUAAGAUCGUCACGGUAGACGAAGAUAAAGUGCUGGAUUUUAAGUAUGUUAGACACACUCCAAAGCUUUAUAAGUGUUCUGAUAUCGAUGCUAGACAAGAUGACAUUAAAACGGAUGGAAGCUUAAAAGUGUCUCUUGGUCAAAUUAAUAUAAUAUUUAUUUCUAAGAUGAUACACGACUGCGAGAAUUUCUUUAAACCAUUCACAUAUCUGAUCCCUAGAACUUUAUUAAGUUCAUUAAGUGAUUCUCUACUUCUGAAUGUAAAGAAACUGAAACACAGUGCUAUCAAGCUCAACUUGUCCCUUAAUUUACAUGGACCAACUUUUCUGUUUCCACAAAAAAAAGAUGCUCCAAGUCUGUUGGUCUUUGAUACAGGCAUUUUAACGAUCGAAAAUUUCUUCAAAACAGAAGAACUGACCAUGCAGUCCAAUGUUAAUGGCAGUUCUUCUGAAUCCAUAGUAAUUGAUAAUACCUUGAUUGAACUGAAAUCAGUCACAUUAUCCAGAGCAAUUAUGAUGUUGAGUGGAAAUUUAGAAUCUCAAGAACCUAUCUUGGAACCGGUGUUUAUUCGUCUCGAUUUGAACAGAAAAAUUGACCAUAAAACCGCAGUGGCAUUGGGCUCUUACAAUCAGUGUAUUUGUCAAUGUGACCUUAAGGGAACCAUUGAUGUGAUACUAGUAAAUAUUGGCCACAGAGAUCUUGCAUCUGCACUAUCCAUUUGGGAAGAUAACAUUUCUAAAAUCAUAACAAUCGGUACAAAUCCACCAUUGGAGGAAAACGUCUUGCUUCAACCUAUUGCACCUAAUGUUACGUCGGACGAUACAACAGUUAGAAAGCUCGAGGCGUUUUUCUCACAAAAUGAGCAUCCUUUUUGUGAGAUGAGUCUGAAAUUGUUACUUGAGGGGCUGCAGCUCAAUCUGUUUUCAGAUACAGAGGAGAUGCUAAGUUCACCAGUACGUGAUUUUAACCAUGGUUUAUGUAAACUGACGAUAGGCGAAGUAACUUUGUCUCUGGAUGUGUAUAAUGAUGAGAGUUUGAUAAUGAAAUUAUCUGUCCGGAGCUGUUUGUUAGAAGAUGUUCGUAGAGAUGAUAGUAUCGUUAUACGAAAAAUAAUUCAAUCGCACUCCCAGAAUAUAGGGGCUGAUAUGUCUAACAUUUCAAUUUCUACUCCCCCAAUAUUGGACUUUACAUUUGAACAGACUCAAGCUGGAGAUAAGUGCAUUAACAUCCUUAUUGAAGAAACUCGUCUCAAUUUAUCCAUGUCAUUUCUCAUACACAUUGGAAGAUAUAUUAUAGACUCUAUACCAGGAGAUCCAGUUGACAGAGGAGUUAUUAAUGAGGGGUAUAUUGGAGAUGGUAAUAUUAUGACAAAUUUAUCUGACUCAAGAGGUGCUGAAUACGAAUCUCAAAGAGAACCAACACUGAAUAACUAUGCGAACUUGCAUGUAGAACAGUUGGAAGAAAAACCAGGAGUCUCAGUAUCAGUACGAAUCCGGAAACCAGAAUUACUUUUGUUUGGAGACUUGAAAGCUAGCAACGCACAUGCAGUUCUUUUUCAAGCUGAACUUAUUAUUGAGAGCAGUACACACGAUGGGGUUUCAUCAAUUGUGUGCUCUUUGUCUGAUGUUCAGGCUAAAAGUAAAAGCCAAGCCGAAUAUAGAAAGCAACCGCCACACUGGGUUUUACGGCCGUGUGACAUUGAGAUUUCAAAAACUAUGAAACUACCAAAUCAUGAUAUUCAUGUUAUGGCUAGCGUGAGUUCAGUUGAUAUCCAUUUAUCUGCCAGCACUGUACAAACAUUCACCAAUAUAAUACAAGACGUCAUUUAUUUUUUGAAAUCUAACGAAGUUGACAAUAAACACGUAUAUCAUGAAUUUGUUCCCCACAACGACCUAUGGUCUCAAAAAAAAGUAUCUUGCAUUCCAUACAAAGCAUAUAGACAAGAGUCAUUUACGCGAAUACUUUUUGAUGAUUCCAACAAGCAAUGUGAAACGUUUCAAUUAAAGCCAGUUUCUAUUUGUAUACUACUGGAGAUGGAAGAUACGAUCGAAAGGAUUCCUGUAAUGAUGGCACAGCUUGAAAUUGAUGCUUUCCUUCAAGAUUGGAACUACAAAUUUCACAUGGAAUCUACAAUGAAGUUACAAGCCUCAUGUUACAAUAUCAAUGCUGGAGCUUGGGAACCCUUGAUCGAACCUUGUAUGAAAAAUGACAAUGUUUAUAAACCCUGGGAACUGAUAUUCAGAGUAUACCAGUCCGACUCUUAUGAAAUAAGCACAUGUGGUAAAGAGAUACGAAACCAAAAACGAGAAGCAUUCACAGAAAGUAAAACAAAAAAAAAAGGAUUAGAAGAAGAUGAAGCAGAAAAUAACGAUGGAAUGUUGUUCAUACAUCCAGAUUAUUUUGCGUCUUCCAAAAUGAAUAAAAAUUACAGUUUUGAAUACAACGAUGAUUCAGACUCUGAUAAUGAAGGAUCGAUGAGAACUCUCACUGGAACUUUUGGCCAUUUAUUCAUUAGGGAUGAAAGUGACGAAGAAACUAGCGAUUCAGAUGACACAAGUGGUGAUGAGGAUGAAGGAGUACACAUUUCAGAUGAAAACAUGGAUGAUCAUAUGAUGAAUGAUUGUUCUGAACAUGAAAAUGGUAUUAAAGAAAAUCAUCUAGCGACUUACAUGAUACUAGAUGCAAAAGAUAAACUGAAUUUCACAAUUACGCCAAAUACGAUCCAUACAUUUAGUACAAUACUGUCAUCGAUUUUAAAAAGCAGUAGUGGAAUUCCAAUAAUAGCAACAAAUGCAGGAAAACUGACUUUACGAAAUGAUAUCGGAUAUGCUAGUAAAGUGGAGUUACUUAAAAUAGAUGAGGAAAAUUCGAAAAUUCAUACUCGUUUAAUUGCUGUUGCCAAUUACCAUACAGCAGAUUCUAUGGAAAACACUCCGAGUAGUCCAGAAACUGAGAAAUUCCCUGAAUCAACUAGUUUAACAGUUGUAGAGAGUUUUGACGGUGGAUUCAAUGAUUGUUCAACUUCCUAUAUUCAAAAAGAUUUUUCCUUCGUUGCACAAACUCCAAGUGAAUCCGUAACCAAAAUUUACAAUAUGGUUACUGAAGAACGCUUACAGAUUCAAAUUGAAGGAUUUGAGGAUACUCUUGUCUACUGUCCAAAGAGACAGGGUUUCAAACUGAUCUCAUUACAACCCAUGCGUUAUGGUGUUAGGCAUCACUUGAUGGUGCAUGUUGAAACAAACGAUCACUUUCAUCGAACUAUAACCAUUUCCUCUCCUCUACAGAUUCGAAAUGAAACUUCAUUUGCAAUCGGACUUUAUUAUAAGAAGAAACUAGCGGAGAAAAUGAAUGUAUCAAUUAUUGGAGAAACAUUAAAUCCUUUUGACGAUAACAUCAGAAUGUCAAUUAUCGAACCAGACGAAAUUAUCAAUGUCCCAUUGUAUGCUGCUUAUCACUAUCAGAUACAUGUUCAACCUGCGUAUAUAGAAAAAUACCAAGUAAGCGAGGCUGGAAUAUGCUGGAAAGAAUUGAGUAAUAAUUUAAACACAGCAAAAGACAUUUACUGCUACACAAAGGAUGAGAUGAAUCAAUCUGUAUUUGCUGUAAAGGUAUUAUGUGCUAAAAGACUUACAGUUGACACGAACUCUCGCAUACCAAACUAUCAAAUCAGAAUACUACCCCCACUUGUAUUUUAUAGCCGAAUACCAGUUGCUGUAGAUAUUAAGAUUCCAGAAAUAAAAUAUGAUGUUAGGAUUGAACCAGGCGAAAACAUAACUAUACACACUUUGAAGCUUAGCAAUAACCCAAAGAUAACUUUUGAGAUUCGAAAUUACAUUGGCAAUACAUGGACUGGUAUAAUAUCUAUAUCAAACGAAUCAGAAACGAAGCUAGCGAAGAUGGUGCCUGAUAACGAUCCAAAAAAUUUAAAUCCAUUUUUAUUAAGCAUCCGGCAGGAUUGGAAAGAAAGUUGGGCGAUUACUAUUUAUGCACAAUACUGGAUUGUAAACAAAACUGGAUUCCCACUAGACAUACGAGAAACAUGCUCGAAUAUGAUAUAUGAGAUUCAAGGAAAAGAACCAGUGCUAUUCGCAUAUAAAAACAACCGUCAUCGACUUAUUCGAUUGAGGGCUCAACAGUCUGGUUGGUCGCCAGCCUUUGGAUUGGAUUCAGUUGGUUCGACGGGGUUAGUUAUUUGCAAAGAUACCGAAAGAAAGAGGAAAUAUGAAAUUCAACUUCACGUUACCAUCUCUGAACUCUGUCCUGUGUUAACUAAAAUAGUUACAUUUUUACCCAAUUUUUUGGUUGUCAACAAGACUAGACGAAGUUUAAGAUUUAUGGAAGAUAAUGAAGAAGCUGAUCUUUGGAAUGAUUUAGCAGGUGGACAGGCCACUCCAUUUUGGCCAUAUACAGAUUCGAUGCGAAUGUGUAUUAAAUGGGGCAACAGUCAAUUAGUUUCUCAAUAUUUUGACAUAACGAAGAUACAGAAGACAGUUCUAAGAAUGGAUCAUGGGACCGCUGUAUGCGUUGAUGUUUGUGGUGGAAGUAAUACUCCAUUUUCAAUAAUAUUCCACAAAUAUCAGAAUGGAGAUGCUCCUGUCAGAGUUGAUAAUCUUUGCCAAGACUUAUUCCUUAAAAUCAAUCAGGCUGGUAUGGGUCAAGUAGCUUUACUAAACCCUUAUCAAAGCUUAUUAUACACAUGGGACGAACCAACCAAGAACAGAGAGCUUAUCUGGAAUGUUUACAACAACGAAGGUGAUGGAUAUAAUGCUAAGUUCACCAAGGAUGGUUAUGGACAGGAAACUGUUUCGUUUCGAACUUUGAAACAGUCUACUUCACCAACUUACUCUGUAUCUUUAGCAAAAAAGUUGACCUUUGGCAUGAAAGGUUCAUCUUCGACUUCAGUUACUGAAGAUUAUGUCGAUUACGAGGCUGUAUCGGAUAGCGAAAGAUCAGAGAACGUGAACAAGAUUUGUAAUGACGAAGUAAUAGUAUACUGGGUUAGUUUUAUGGAAAAACAUCAAAGAGUGCUCCUCUUUACUCAAGAUGAAAAUAUUUUUCAAAAGGCAAAAACUAUCGUUGAGCCCGAAUUCAGUGAGAAAGAAAUAUUCAUCUCCUUGUCCGGAAUCGGCCUGAGCAUUUCAAUGCAGUCAGCUAUGAUUGUGAAGGAAUUGGCAUACUUUAGUAUCACGGAUUCAUCGGCCAUAUGGGAACUUUAUUUUGGAAAACGUUGGAAGACACUAUCUUUAGAAUUGAGUGCAUGGAUGGAAGACAGAUAUCAAAAUUCAUAUCAAAAAACACAAUUAGAAGAUCUAAUUGAUGUUGAUUUUGAAAAAAUGCAUAUGACUAAACCAUUUUAUGCUAAAUUGAGGCGAAGUUAUUCACCUGGAAUUUGGCUGCAUUGUAGAAAAUCUUUUUCCAACAUAUAUGUAGAAGGAAAAAUCCACAGAGUACAGAUUGACAACCAACUCCAUGACGCUGUUUUCCCUGUGGUUUUAUAUUUCUGGCCUUCAAGAUCUCUAUCAAAUGGUGUUAGGAGCAAAAAGCUGAAAUCUUGUUUAGAGUUUGCUUUUUUAAAACAAAAGAAAGCAACGUUUGAUAUAUACAAGAAAAUAACAGUGAUAAUUCAAGAGUUUGCUUUACACCUGCAUAAAGACUUUAUAGUCUGCUUAUUGGAUAAUUUGAUUCCUAAACAGGUUGAAGCAAAAGCUUCUAUUUCUUUGCAGCUAAGAGCAGACCUAUCAGCUAUUCAUACUUCUUUUUUGCAUAUUGCAAAUUCGGUAUUUAGUAACCAGCAACGGGAUAUCUUCGAGCAUUUAUAUGUCUGUCCAGUAAAAAUGCAACUCAAACUAUUAGGGGGAACUGGAGGAUUUAUUCCCUACCCGUACAAAACUGCAUUCACUUAUUACAAUUUUAUCGAAUUUAUAUUCAACUACAAUCAUGGCGCGUUGUUUAAGAAAACAGCUGAUAUCAUCUUGCCUCAGUAUGAAAAACACCAUCUUACAUCUUGCACUGAUAACCUGUAUUUUGAUAUAAGGCAGAGCUAUUCUUCUAAGAUACUUCAGCAAUUCAAUGUGCUUAUCUUGACUCUAACUGUGGUGGGAAAUCCGUACGGAUUCAACUUUAGACAUAGCACAGAAGCAUCGCACAGUUUGAACAUGAUAGUACAUGAAGAUGAAAUAGCUGACAAAAUUAGUCAUGGAAUUGAAUGUCUCCUCGGGCAUAUGACGACAGACACAACUCAGUCAAUAGUAUCAUUUUUCGAAGCUUCUCUGCCCCAUGUGACGACAUACAGCACAGACAGAAAAUUUGAAUUACCGAAUAGUGAAAUACCAUUGUCAAUUCUCUUGGCAAAUAAUUCUUUUUCUAUCGGAGUUGAAUUAUUGAUGUCCGGUAUUAUUGUUGAACCUACGAACAGUAUUCAUAAAGAAGAGCUGAAACACUUCUUUAAAGGUCUGGGCAAAGGUAUCCUAGAACUCACAACUAAAAAAAAUGUAAACCUGAAUCUUCGAUCAGGCUUAAUAACGGAUGCAAUUAAAAGGGCACAAGCAAUUGGUUAUGAAUUUGUUUCGCGCAUCCGCCUACCUCGUUACAUUAAUGCUUACUUGGGUGCGGAGCCAUAUUCUGUUCAUAAGGCAACAGGCAUGCACUUGUUGAAUACCAUUAGUAAAGGUCAUUAUUUAGAUAAGGACGUAUAUUGGGCUCAUGCAGCGCUUUCAAAAGAGGGAAAGUAUAUUGCACUCGUGUCACUACAGCGCAUAUUCCUUAUUGAAAAACGAUGUCUAUGGGGAUCAUGGAAUAUUGAAUGGGUCUUAGAUAUUAACACUUUAAUUAAACCUCCAGUGGUGGUCGAGAAAAAGUUAAUCCUACACGUUAACAAGAAUGACACCAUACCAAAUUCACAGACAACGGAUUGGUAUAUUGAAAGCGAGGAUCAAGUAACACUGGAAUGGUUGCACUGUAAGAUAGAAACUGUCAUGAUACUGAAUAUGGAAAACAGCACAUGUCUCGACAGUAAAAUAUAAAUUUAUAUAUGUUACAUACAUAAUAACUAUAAUAAAUGGAUGUAUAUUUUAAUCAAUCUUACGAAAAACUAAAUAAGAUUGUCAUUGCAGAGAGAAAAGUACAUAUAAACUAAAAGUAUUAUGAUCCCAUUGUAAACACACUGAAUUAUUUAUUAUUAACUUUGGAUGAAUCUUGGCUUUGGCACAGUAAUUAACGAGAGACAUUUUCAGAUUGAGGCGAAUGUUGCAUUUUCGAAUCUCUUUAGCGAUGAUAUAUUUUCCUGGCAUUGUGAUAAACUUUAUAUAUAUAUAUAUAUAUAUAUAUAUAU